UUUGCAGUUGUUUUCACACAUCUUUCAACCUAUGAUCGCAAUACUAUAGAAACGCAGAACAGCGGGUGUGUCCAUAUCUUUUGGCCCCAUACACCGGAAGGGAGUAGUGCCUGCCUGUCUGUCUCUCUCUGUUUAUGACAGUGUGUAGCGCUGUUGGAGAGGUAGAGCUGCCGGUGUUUGCGAUGGGAGUCACAGCUAACUAGGAAGGGCGACUCUGUCUUUAAGUGUGGCAGAAAUCGAAACAAGCAACUGUCAGUGCUAUCGCUGUGUAGCUUCGCUGGUUAAGCGGGACUACAGGGCAUUUCAAUAUGGAAUUUGUAAAACUAAUUCUUCUGUUUUGCUGCCUACACGAUAUUGCAGGUCAGUUUGGGAACCCUUUGAACAAGUAUAUUCGCCACUAUGAGGGUUUAUCAUAUGACACAGAAGCCCUGCACAGCCGUCACCAGAGAGCUAAAAGGGCGCUCUCUCCUCAAGACAGCACCGUGGACCUGGACUUCCAUGCACACGGAAGACAUUUUAACUUGCGGAUGAAGAGGGAUUCAAAGCUGUUUUCUCCAGAUGUUGUCAUUGACGUGUCAGGGGAGGAGAACCUGAUUGAUACAUCACAUAUUUAUAGUGGAGAACUGUAUGGUGAAAAGGGCACUAUGACACAUGGCUCUUUGGUUGAUGGGCGGUUUGAGGGCUUCAUUAAAACCCAACAAGGAACAUACUAUGUUGAACCCUCAGAAAGAUACCUACAGGACAGGAGUGUGCCCUUCCACUCUGUCAUUUAUCACGAAGAUGACAUCAAUUACCCUCAUAAGUAUGGUUCAGAGGGUGGCUGCGCAGACCACUCUGUGUUUGAGAGGAUGAAGAAGUACCAGGCAUCAGCAGAAGAGCCAGCCAGAGAUGUGAAACGCGAAGAUGAGGAAUCUAAAGAUAUUCCUGUCAUUUUGAGAAAGAAGAGGGCGACGGGUAAAGAAAAAAACACCUGUCAGCUCUACAUCCAGACUGACCAUUUCUUCUUCAAACGCUAUGGCUCAAAGGAGGCUGUCCUUGCUCAGAUCUCCAGCCACGUAAAGGCUAUUGAAACUAUUUACCAGGGCACGGACUUCCAGGGCAUACGUAACAUCAGCUUCAUGGUGAAAAGAGUCAGGAUCAAUACCACAGAUGACGAAAGAAGCCCCAGCAAUCCUUUUCGCUUUGCCAACAUCGGAGUGGAGAAGUUUUUGGAGCUAAACUCUGAACAGAACCACGAUCAGUACUGCCUGGCCUACGUCUUUACUGACAGGGACUUUGAUGAUGGCGUGCUUGGCUUGGCGUGGGUUGGGGCUCCCUCAGGAAGCUCCGGGGGAAUUUGUGAGAAGAGCAAAAAAUACUCAGAUGGAAGGAUAAAGUCUCUGAACACUGGUAUCAUCACAGUGCAGAACUAUGGCUCACAUGUCCCCCCCAAGGUGUCACACAUCACCUUCGCUCAUGAGGUCGGACACAACUUUGGCUCACCUCAUGACUCUGGGAGCGUAUGCACCCCUGGAGAGGUUAAGGAGCAAGGACAAAAGGAGAGAGGGAACUACAUUAUGUAUGCCAGAGCCACAUCAGGGGACAGGCUCAACAAUAACAAGUUCUCAAGCUGCAGCAUCGGGAAUAUAACCGCUGUUCUACAAAAGAAAAGAGAUGACUGUUUUGUCGAGUCUGGCCAUCCUAUCUGCGGUAAUGGUCUGGUGGAAGAGGGAGAGGAGUGUGACUGUGGCUACCAAGACCAGUGUAAAGACCAAUGUUGCUUUAGUGCAGAUUCAGGGGAGGGCGAAAAAUGCAAACUUAGACCCGGCAAAGUCUGCAGUCCCAGCCAAGGCCCAUGUUGCACAACAGAAUGUACUUUCAAGACCAAUAGUGAGGUGUGCAGACCAGAUUCUGAGUGUGCCAAUGAGGGCAGGUGUGGUGGAAAUACUGCUCUGUGUCCUGCCUCACAGCCAAAGGCGAAUUUCACCUCUUGUCAUAAAGAUACACAAGUUUGCAUCAAUGGGGCCUGCACUGGUUCUGUUUGUGCAAAGCACGGACUGGAGGUAUGUAGCUGUGCUAAGGAGGAUGGCAAGGAUGAGGCAACUGACCUGUGCCAUGUGUGCUGCCAGGACAAAACGAAUCCCAGCACCUGUAGCAGCACAGGGUCAGAGAGAUGGGCCCAGUAUUUCAAUAGGAAAGUGGUGACGCUGCAGCCUGGCUCACCCUGCAAUGACUUCAAGGGAUACUGCGAUGUGUUCAAUAAGUGUCGCCUGGUGGAUGCCGACGGGCCACUUGCAAGGCUAAAGAAAGCCAUCUUUAAUCCUGAUUUCUAUAAUGGUAUUGCAGACUGGAUAGUGGCCUACUGGUGGGCGGUGCUGUUGAUGGGUAUUGCUCUGAUUAUGCUAAUGGUUGGCUUCAUCAAGGUCUGCAGUGUCCACACACCCAGUAACAACCCCAAGCUUCCUCCACACAAGCAUGUGUCUGACACCCUGAAUACCCUGAGACGGCGGCCCCCAGCAUCACAGGGCCAGCGCCAAGCUCAGGGCCAGCGCCAAGCUCAGGGCCAGCGCCAACCUCAGGGCCAGCGCCAAGCUCGGGGCCAGCGUCAGCAGCAAAGAGAGCAGUAUCAAAUGGGACUGCUGAGAUAAUGAGGCAAAAGUCCGCUUGUUGCCUUGGUUCUUCUUCGUGCCUACAAUCGGAGCACCUUACUCCAAAGAGUUACCUUUACCACUUAUUGCAGAAUUCUGAGAACUUGCAACUGAAACAUUUUUACUGGACAAAACCUGAUGUAUUUUGGGGUCUAACAAACUCACUCACCUCUGCUCUAAGAGCAAGACUAGCAGUGGUUCACUUAGCUUUUAUAGGAAAUACAUUUUUCCAAGGAUGAACGGGGGAGAAAUUCACUGAUCUCCGUUAUUUAGUCUUAAUCUUGUUUCUUUUCUUUUUUUUAAACCUUUGAAUUUUUUUUUUCUUUUUUGUGGAGGAGAAAGAAGCAAAUUUAUUAGUUUUUUCACGAGUUUCUGCUGCCAAUCAAAAACAGAUCUGAGACUUUUUGUUUGAAAAGAACCUGUUUUUCUUUUGCCAAUGUGAUACUUUUUUUCCCAAUACAUAUAAUAUAUUUUUGUUUUUGUUUGUAAGGCAUACUUCUGUUCCUUCUGUGUGCAACUGUAUAAAUGUUUAGGUAGUUUUGUCUUUUGUUUCGCAUGAAUUUAUUUUUCUUUGAAUGGAGAUCGUUCACUGUUUUAAUUCAUCUUCUCAGGAUCAAUAAAACGACAGAAUACAAGUGUAAAAGACGACUGCUUGACUGGAAGAAUGUAGAUAAAUGAGCUCGAUGAGACCAGUGAUUCAUCUGGUGUUCUGAAUCUGUGUAUUUGUAGUUGUGAUAUGGUCUGCAGAUGUGUUUACAAGAAAAUACUUGGGGUGGAAUCGAAUGAUGAGAAAAUAGCUUUUAUUAAACUGAUUGUAUCACACUUGUAUUCUGUAAUAACUCUUUUUACCUAACUGGUUGCUUUGACUCUGAACUGUGAAACAACCACUUUGUGCUACAUGUAGAUCUUUACAUUCAGAAAAAUGAAAGCAAAAACCAGAAUGUGUUAAACCAAACUCACAGUACAAGUAUACAGAAAUGAUUAGAGGAGAGAAGAGUCCUGGUUUGACUGUCGUGUCUUUUAAUUCUUGUCAUCUGUCCAUCUUUUCACACAUUAGCAGUUAAAGACAAAAUAAAACCACUCAAAUGCAGUCAGGCCUUUGUACCCAGGUAAGGAACCUGCCCAGAUUUAAAUGUGGUUUGUUUUUUGUUUUUUUUGUUUUUUGCUCUUAAUGCUUUUUAAUGCAGUUGAGAUUGUUUCUAUUUGUGCAUGGAGUUGGGAAAUCUAGCGAUUCUAAUUGUAUUAUUGCUUUGUUGCUGCUGUUAACAGAUCUUUAUCGGAGUGAACAAUCACAACGCAUCAGCCAUCCACUACUGUUCUGUCCUUCUUUUUCCUACUGAUUGGGGAUUUUGUUAACCUUUGUUACUCCCUUUGGUUUUGUGUGAUUACAUUAAAUAUGUGCCUACUCAGA